CGGACAGAGAAAGUGGCUGCAAUAGCGCACCCAACUUCGUUGGAAAAUUCGCUAAAAAUGCUUUAUAUCCACUAAUCCAGUAAUCCGAUAUGUGAAAAAUCUUCGGUGCGUGAUUACCGAGCGCCUACUGUGUACCUUAUUUAAGAUAAAAAAUGUUUAUUUUCGAGGAUUUCUUUCAAAAACCUUUACUAAAAGAAUUAUCGCGAUAGUUCCAGACUUUACAUUACAUUAGCAAUAUGUGCUGCACCAAAAUGAUGCAAGAUUGCUAUGCUGUAUGUUUAUGGAUGUUUGUUGGGUAUAUUUUAGAAAAAAAGUCAGCCUGUGACCAUUAUUAAUGGAACACCCUGUACAACCCGCCCUUUCAUUUAUUUGGUUCGCAUCACAAAACUCGCACCGGAAGAUUCUUGUUCGGAAAAUUCGUCUCCAGAAAAUUUUCCCUCGUGGCAUUUGCUCCCAGAAAAUUUGUCGACACUUUCGCAAAGUGCUGUUUUACCAUUUUAUUAGGAGAGAUUAUUUCCGCAAACAAUUGCCCAAAAAUUCCUAGAAGUUGUUAAUACCUCCGCUCAAACAUACGCAGUUACUCCUUAUCUUAGUACAGGUUAAUUCAAUAUAAAAACUAAAUCUGAUCGAAGUGACUCUUCACAGCCGCAAUGAAUAUCAUCCUGCUCCUAAUUUUGCCGCUUUCCUCAACUUAUAGUUAUAGAGAUUUAAGAACUGAAUAUUUGGUUCGGCUAAUUCAAGCGGAAACUGAACGGGCAGAGACGUACACUUUACCAGUCGAUUCCGAUGCCUAUCGACCGUGGAGUAAGACCCAAUACGAACUGGGAACAUUUACCCACAUCGUUAUAGGAGCAGGAUCAGCAGGUGCUAUCGUAGCCGCUAGGUUGUCGGAAGAUUGUGAAAAACACGUACUACUGUUAGACGCUGGCGGCUACGAGAGCGAUUUUACAGAUAUUCCAGCAAUGAGUGCGAUAACAGAGGACCUUCAAUACAAUUGGAAUUACAAGAGUGUUGUGCAGAACAAAUCCUGUCUUUCGCUGAAUGGACUCUGUAGUUAUCGGGCGGGAAGAGGACUGGGAGGUUCGACGAUUAUUAACGGUUUGUUUUACGCUAGAGGUUGCAAGGCCGAUUACGACCGCUGGGAUCCUUCGGGAGAAAGUGAUUGGAACUACGAGAAUAUCCUGGCAGCCUUCAAAAAGCUCGAAAAUUAUCAAAUUGACGGCGAUAGGGACUUGCACGGAUACAGUGGUCCUGUGAGUGUCGACUUUUCAGAACCAAUCAAUCCGAAAACGCCCACGUUUCUGGACGCGAAUCGCGAACUGGGCCAAGAAAUUGGCGAUUAUAAUGGUGACAAUCCGUUACGUGCGGGAAGAGUACAAGUUAACAACAUCCUGGGACAACGCUGCAGUACCGGCCGAGCGUAUUUGAGACGGGCGUGGAGGCAUCGCCGCAAUCUUCACAUAUUGCCCCACAGCUACGUUACAAAGAUACUGAUCAACGCGACAACCAAAGAGGCUUACGGGGUAAUCUUUGCGCGGUUCAAAAGGUACUUCGUUGCGAAAUCUCGAAGUGAAAUUGUACUUUCGGCCGGCACAUACCGUUCUCCACAAUUACUGAUGCUGUCGGGGAUUGGACCGGCAAGUCAUCUCGCAAACCUUAACAUUCCGGUCGUUCAGGACUUACCGGUCGGUAAUUUCUUUAAAGAUCACUUGUCAUACGUUGGAUUAACUGUGCACACAAAUCACUCUAACGUAGAGCGGCAAUUGCGCGACAAGGUACGAGACUAUUUGAAUGGAAGGGGGGAACUUACCGAGGGUGGUGCAUUAGGGGUGGUAUUUUUGAAGAGUAGUUUAUCAACGGAAGUGCAACGUCCUGACAUAGAGAUAGUUAUGUAUAGGGGUAAUAAUAACCAGACUGUUAUUAUAGUUCCCGUUUUGUUGCAUCCCAAGUCACAUGGAAGCGUUACGUUACAGUCCACGGAUCCAUUCGACUAUCCACUCGUCGAUCCAAAUUUUUGGUCUGAUCCUAACGACGAGGAUGUGAAAGUAAUGCUCGAGGGCAUUAGGUAUGUACAGUCGUUGAUAGAAACAAAGGCGUUCAAGGAAGUCAACGCCGAACUGAUAGAAAUUCGGCGACCUGAAUGUAGGAAUCACUCCGAAUUGUCCGACGAAUACUUUAAAUGCCAGAUUAAGUAUCUUAGUAAUACGUUCACCCAUACUAUUGGAACUUGCAAAAUGGGCGCAAGUCCGUCUGCAGGCGCCGUUGUCGAUUACAACCUGAAAGUAUACGGCAUUGGAAAUUUGAUGGUGGCCGAUGCCAGUGUUAUGCCGGACACCAUUUCGGGACAUACAAGUGCGCCGUCAAUGAUGAUUGGAGAAAGAGCAGCUGCCAUAAUCACAAGGAAUAAUUAACACUGAGCCAAUUGUAUAAAAAUCAUUUUUGUCCAAUUGUCCAAUAAAUAAAUAAAAUAACCCCACU